AUGGUGGAGCUUAAAUGGAAGAUUUUUAUGAUGCAUAGUCAUAUGAUUGAUCUUAGUGGAAUAAAGAGCUUCUGUAUCUCGUUUUGGCGAUGAGAGCAAAUAUGCUAUUGCGAGCCAUAAAUGUGAUGGCAUGGACUAGUGAAGAUGGCAAUCCUCUUCCUCCAAGCGCAUCAGGAGUAGGCGAAUUGGCUCUUUGUCCUCACAUGUUUGGAGCUUCUAGCACUCUCCUGAACGGAAAUCACUACAAAGUUUACUUCAAAGGAAUGCCCACCUUCCAAGGACAGAUUUUACGAAGACACGGGGAUUUAUUUGAACGGACUUCAAAAGGAUACUACAGGGCUCAUGGACGUGCUGAUGACACAAUGAAUCUUCAAGAGCUCAGAGUUACCGAAUCACGACUUGAUCCUAUUGAAAAAGUCCUUCAACUCUGAGAUACAAAAGAAACUUAAUCCGUUGUUCAAGGUAUCAUCUUGUUGUAACUCUGCCUUCUUUACCGAGGACGGCCACAAAUAAGGUUAUGAGAAGAGUUCUAAGGCAACGGCUUACUCAGAACGGUCUAAACUCGAAGCUAUGAGACAAUUGCUCUCCAACACCAAAUGUUGUUUGUCAUUCACGCAAGAACAAUUGGUCAUUUGUUGUACAAUCCACAUCCACCUCUGUAUCGUAAAAUAAUUCUCAGUUAACGUAAA